UGUAGCUAUAGCCGCCAUUGUAUCUCAUCGGCUCGUUUUCUAGUAUUUGUUAAAAAUAGGCAGAUUUCUACUGAUAAUGUGUGAUACAGCUGUCGUUGGAAAGUUCUUGUUCUAUAGCUGACCACUAGUGCUGAUUAAUUUGGUGGUAUCUGUGUGUUAUAGGAUGAUGAGGUAUCAAUGAUACGUGUCAGUAUACAGUGAAUAAGACAGCAGGCACAAAAUCCAACUUCGAUUUUUCUAUAUUUUGGAUUAUUACCAUUCAAAGAUGCCGGGAUUUACGAUAAUGGCUGAGGCCGGAAAGCAAGACAGUCCAUCUAACACGAAACGAGAACAAAUCAUGGAGGAUGCCGGAAGUGACGAAACAAUUAUACAAGAAGGCUUACUAAUCCAGCAUUCUCUUGACAAGAAGUCGAAGGGCAAAAACAAGCUGCCAUCUUUACCAUAUCCUGAUCCAACAAAGGAAGGCGAUGAAGAGGAAAUCACAAGAAAAUGCCGCGAUUUCCAAUCCCAACAAAAUCAGAAAAGUGCCAAAUAAUGCUGCCUAGUGAUGAUGUUGAAUUGUCAACAUGAACAUUCGUAAUUUUAUAAGUAGUCUCUCCACAUAUUACUUCAUGUUACAUCAUUUCUACGCUUUUUUGUAUUUCAAUAAAUAAUUAUACUGUGA